GUAUACUACGGCGCCGGAACACCCGAUGCCCUCUCUCCGAUUUGAUCGUCCCUCCAGCUCGGCGAACUACGCCCCAGAGAUACCCGACCCAGCACAUGCGCUGCCGUUUACUGCAGCCCCCGGGCACGGUGGUCCGACACCCCCUCGUUUCGCCAAACUGGAUUUCGCCACUUACGACGGCACGGAGGACCCCCUCAACUGGCUCAACCAGUGCGAGCAGUUUUUUCGAGGGCAGCGGACGCUCGCUUCGGAUCGCACCUGGCUCGCGUCCUAUCAUCUCCGAGGCGCGGCGCAGACUUGGUACUACGCCCUCGAGCAGGACGAGGGCGGCAUGCCACCAUGGGAGCGCUUCCGGGAGCUUUGUCUCCUCCGGUUCAGGCCUCCUAUUCGCGGGAGCCGAUUGGCGGCCCUCGGUCGUUUGCCUUUCACAUCCACGGUGCAGGACUACGCCGACCGCUUCCAGGCCCUGGCAUGCCAUGCGCCGGGCGUCUCCGCGACUCAGCGCGCCGAGUUAUUUGUGGGCGGAUUACCAGACCAUAUCCGCGUGGACGUCGAGCUCCGGGAUCCCCCCGACCUCCAAACGGCCAUGUACUACGCCCGGGCCUUCGAGCAGCGGGCUCAGGCGCUACAGCAACCGGCCGGCCGGGGCGGCCGCCUUCCCAGUCGACCCGCACCAUCACCUGGCCGGCCCCCUCCAGCCUCGGCGACCACCUCUUCGGCCACCACCCGAACCUUCCGUCGGUUGUCCCCGGCCGAGCAGCAGGAGCGCCGCUGUCAGGGCCUCUGCUUCAACUGCGAUGAGCCCUACUCGCCGACCCAUGUCUGCCCCCGCCUAUUUUACUUGGAGACGGUCGACUACACCGAGGCGGACAACUCGACCGACGAGCCACCACCCGCGGCGGCCGCGGACGCGCCCGCGGAUUCUACGGCAACGGCGUGCGUCGUCUCCCUCCACGCUCUUGCCGGCAUCCGUGGCGAGCGGACCAUGCUGUUACCGGUGACGGUCCAUGGCGAGCGGCUGGUGGCCCUGCUGGAUACUGGCUCCACCCAUAAUUUCCUACCCGCGGCGACCAUGCGUCGGCUAGCACUGCCGACCACGAGCGGGGAGCGCCUGCGGAUCACGGUGGCAAACGGUGAUCGCCUCCAGUGUCAUGGGCUCGCCCGCGACGUUCCCAUCUCCAUCUGUGGCGAGCACUUCUCCAUUACCUGUGCAGGGAUCGACCUCGGCUGCUUCGACUUCAUCCUCGGGGUGGACUUCCUCCGGACCCUCGGGCCCAUCCUGUGGGACUUCGACGUGCUCACGAUGACGUUCUGGAGGCUAGGCCGCCGCAUCCGGUGGGACGGCCUUGGGGGCACCGCGCCGGCCGUGCCACACCUCCAGCUGGCCGCCGCGUCCCAGGAGCCCGAGCACCCCCUGCUGGAUCCCCUUCUGCAGCAGCACAGCGAUCUCUUUGACGAGCCUCGGGGUCUUCCGCCCGCCCGGGUGUACGACCACCAUAUUCACCUUGUACCGGGCAUCAUCCGGAUCUCCACGUCGCCCUUCUCCGCACCGGUGCUUCUCGUCCGCAAGACGGACGGCACGUGGCGUUUCUGCAUCGACUACCGCGCCCUGAACGCGCUCACGCUCAAGGACAAGUUCCCUAUACCGGUGGUCGACGAGCUCUUGGAUGAGCUCCAUGGGGCGCGCUUCUUCACCAAGCUCGAUCUCCGCUCGGGCUAUCAUCAGGUGCGCAUGCAUCCAGACGACAUCGCCAAGACGUCGUUUCGCACCCACCAUGGCCACUUCGAGUUCUUGGUGAUGCCCUUCGGCCUCGCAAACGCCCCGGCGACUUUCCAGGCCCUGAUGAACGACGUCCUUCGACCCUACUUACGGCGGUUUGUGCUUCGCUCGAAGUGCUCGUUCGGGACACCUACCGUCGCCUACCUCGGCCAUGUCAUCUCGGCCGACGGGGUGGCUAUGGACGCCGACAAGGUGGCGGCCGUCUCUGCAUGGCCGACGCCUCACUCGCCACGGGCUCUCCGCUGGUUCCUCGGCCUUGCCGGCUACUACCGAAAAUUUAUCCGGGAGUUCGGGCUCAUCGCGGCGCCCCUCACGCGGUUGCUUCGCCGCGACGCUUUCGCCUAG